AUGCUUCAUUCGCUACGCGCCUUGCCGCGAUCCACGCGGCUGCCGACGGCAUUGGCGGUGGUGGCAGCGGUGUGUUGUGUUGUCGGGUGCUUUGCCUCCCCCCUGCCGUACCACUGCAGUUUUGACGCCGUGGUGAAAAAUGGCGGCGAGAAGUCUGCCCCGGUGGUGGUGAAGGAGGUCUCCCUCAAAGCGCAGGGCGAGCCGCAGGUGUAUCACGUCACUGGGAAGGAGGGAUGGGAGCCGAUCCGCAUUGUGGUGUCGACGAAUGAUGUGACAGACGUCAGGAAGUUCUGCCUCUCUUCGGGGAGUUCCAAGCCGAAUUUGUUGGGCAACGAAGCCGCUGACUGUGGGGAUGAUGCGAUGUCUGCCGUUCAGCAGAAGGCUCUCACCCAUGACAUCGUCUCUGCCGCCGUCAAACUGCACGCGGAGCGACUGCUGGUGCAGCCGCUGAAGGCUCCGCUGAAGGUGCCCGAAUUUGCCCCUGGCAGCAUUUGCAGUCGGUUCAGCAUCCCCCUUUCGCACCGCACUAAGGGCGUUGACAAGGCCGACAUGGUGCUCUACGUCGCCGCUGCGCCAGGCGGGGUGUGGGCGUUGCCGUGCGCCACGCUGGAGAAUGGCCGCCCAAUCGUCGGCGCCGUGAACUUGGCGCCGGCAAAUUUGUUCCUCGGACGCCUCGCCACCCGCAUCGCCGCGCACGAGAUCGCCCACGCGCUCGGCUUCUCCUACCAGCAGAUGACGGCCCACCACAUGGCGAAGGCCGUGACCGGCGUGCGGGACAGGAAGGUGUCGGUGGUGGUGAACUCGACUAAUGCCGCGAUGGCUGCGAGGGAGCACUACGACUGCGACAACAUUCAGGGCAUGGAGCUGUACGACUUGGAAGGGGACGGGUCGACACUGGAGUCGCACUGGUCGGAGCGCAACGCGAAGGACGAGCUGAUGGCCCCGUUCGGGGGCGCCGGCCUCUACACGGAGCUGACGCUGGGCGCCUUCGUGGACCUGGGCUACUACAAGGCGAACUGGGCGGCGGCGGAGCCGAUGGCGUGGGGCAAGAAGUCGGGCUGCGAGCUGCUGGAAAAGAAGUGCGCCCAACUCAAUUUGUCUGACUACCCCAAAAUGUUCUGCAAGGAACACGAUGAGUACCUGCGCUGCGCCUCGGACCGGUAUUUCAGUGGCCGGUGCACAAGGAGCAUCGUUGAGGCGUCGCCAGGAAAGACAGCGGACUCUUGCCCCAUCAUUGCGCCUGCAAUAAACAUGAACGACCUUAACGCUGUCUUCAGGACGGGAGGGAGCCGAUCCGCGGUGCCUGGCGACAGGCCCUCUUCGUGGUGUCUGGACGUGGAUCCCACCACGGUGAAGGAUGCGAAGGGCGGGGACAAGCUCGUUGCCGCGGUGCAUGCGGAGUUAAAGUGCCUCGGCGGAGAAGUGAAGCUGGGGGUGGAUAAGGAAGGCUGGACCGAAUGGGUGUCAUGCACGGGCGGGGCGAAGGCUACGUGGGACAUUCCGCCCUUCGGCGCCGAAAAGGUGAUGUGCCCCGACUACAGUGAGGUGUGCACGAUAUCCGCCACCGGCAGCGGCGUGACCCCAGGGGUUCAAUGGGACGGCAACGACAAGGAGUGGAAGAGAAAGGUCCCUCCAGCCCCCGCACCGUCUGCACCGCCUCCGAAGCCUGAGUUGCCUGAACCGCACAAAUCGCCUGAUCCGCACAAAUCGCCUUCACUCCCCCCCGUCGGCCCCCUGUCGCCUCCGGCGGAA